CAGUGAUUGAUCAGCGCUCAACUUCGUGAUAAGGAUACCUGUUCAAUCGUCUUUGCUCGUGGGGGACUUGACUACAGCAGUAAUGAUACAUUGAUAACAGCGAGAAUGCGAGAACAACAAUAAAGUCGAAAUACCUGGUUCAGAAUCUUCCUUCGACGCUCUAAAUCAGGUGUAACGAAUGCGAGUGCAGGCCCAUCCGGGGAUUCGAUCGUAAGCUCAUAACUUGAAGGGGUUAUGGUGACUGCGACCUCCGAGUCGGAAGGGUUUUGAGAAGCUGAUUCGACACAGUUAGCAUGUGUCGGUUGUCUACGGGAGACUAGUAACCGGUAACAGAAUACCAUGAAAUCGGGUACCCAUGGGAUUGUUCGAAGAAACCAAUUAGUAAGGUCCGAUUAAUAACAGGGAAAACCAGAAACCGGUCCAGGACUGACUUAUGGCGACAGCACAAGUCACAGAUAUAAAAUCUAGUCAGUGUAAGUAUGGGUACGAACCAGAGAUCUUCCAACAUGGUGACUUUUAUCAUCAACACUCUCCCUACCUGGAUCGCGCAUCUAGCGUCAGGUCUAGAAGCACAAUUGACCAUGGAUCGGCGCAAUACGGUUGCUUCUGAUCGUCCCAUUGCUGGGGGAUCGGCGACUUUCAAUGCUAGGGAUGGAUGUGAUCUACCUCCGAAGAAAAUCUUCAUACCUGACGUGCUCGCGAGAUGGCCAUUUCCCCGUCGUCUCAAUCAGCACUAUUCCAAAGUCAGUGCUGAAUCAUCUGCUUGGCUUGAAAGCUGUAAGGCCUUCAGUCCCAAAGCUCAACAAGCCUUCGAUCGCUGCGAUUUCAAACACGUUCGCAGCGCUUGCGAUGCCAUGAAUCUCUUUUUUUUGGUAGAUGAACACUCAGAUGUCGAGGAGGAGGGCGAGGUCCGUCAACAAAAGGACGUCAUUAUGGAUGCUCUGCGCCACCCUUACAAGCCACGUCCCAAAGGGGAAUGGGUCGGUGGAGAAGUUGCACGUCAAUUCUGGGAACGUACUAUAUGUAACGCCAGUGGUCAAUCGCAGAAGCGUUUCGUCGCGAGAUUCGAUGAAUAUCUAGAUGGCGUAGUGCAGCAGGCCAUUGACCGAAGCGGACAUCACAUUCGUGACAUCCAAAGUUAUUUCGACGUGCGCCGCAAAACGAUUGGAGCAUGGCCUUCGUUCGCCCUCUUGGAGCUGGGUCUCGAUAUCCCAGAUGAAGUAAUUUCGCAUCCAACAAUUGAAGAUAUGGCGGUGGCAUCCACGGAUAUGAUCGCUCUCACUAAUGACAUCAUAUCCUACAAUCGAGAGCAUGCGCGUGGAGAUGACGGCCACAAUAUAGUAACAAUUGUCAUGCACGAGCUUGAUACGGAUGUCAACGGCGCCAUUUUGUGGGUGAUGGAUCACCAUACAAAAAUCGAGAAGAAGUACUUUGAGGCCGAAGCAGCCAUUCCGAAAUGGGGAGAGCCCAUCGACUCGCAGGUUAGGGAGUAUUGUUAUGGCUUGGGAAACUGGGUGCGCGCCAACUAUCAUUGGCACUUCGAAAGCGAGAGGUACUUUGGCACCAAUGGUGAGGAAGUUCAACGGAGAAGGUGGAUUUUACCGAUGGGCCGAAAGACCACUUGAAAGGCUGUGAAGAGAUUGGGCCUGCACUUGUUGGUGUGACCGAUUAUUGAAUGACUUGGCUCUUGCAAAGUCCUUGUACAUGACGAAGAGCAGGAAUACGAGCUUUUAGCUAGAUCAUAUGAAACAGUUCAUGGAGGGCUGAGGCAAAUAAGCUGUCACGUCGU